AUGGAGGCUUGUGUGAAAUGUCCAGUCGGCUGCUUUGCAAAUGACCACCAAAAUCAAUGCAUUCGCAAGGAUAUAAGCUUCCUCUCUUACCAAGAACCUUUAGGGAUCAUCUUGAUUGUGUUGGCGAUAUCUUUCUCUCUGGUCACAGGUUUGGUACUUGGAGUCUUCAUAAAGUAUAAAGACACUCCCAUUGUCAAAGCCAACAACCGAAGCCUCACCUACGUUCUUCUCAUCUCCCUCCUUCUCUCCUUCCUCUGCUCUUUGCUCUUUAUUGGACAGCCUCAAAAUGUGACCUGUCCGCUUCGACUAACUUCAUUUGGCGUCAUCUUCUGUGUGGCCCUUUCUAGUGUGCUGGCCAAAACUAUCUCUGUGGUUCUGGCCUUCAUGGCCACCAAACCAGGGUCUAAAUUGAGGAAAUGGAUAGGGAAAAAAAUGUCCUAUUCUGUAGUGUUUUUGUUUUCCCUUUUUCAAGUAGUUACUUGUAUUCUGUGGCUAAGUACUUCCCCUCCAUUCCCAGAUAAAGAUAUGCAUUCGUUGUCAAGGAAAAUCAUACUGGAAUGUAAUGAAGGGUCAAUUACCAUGUUUUACUGUGUUUUGGGCUACAUGGGCUUCCUGGCUAUGGUCAGCUUAAUAGCAGCUUUUCUGGCCAGGAAAUUACCUGACAGUUUCAAUGAAGCCAAGUUUAUUACUUUCAGCAUGUUGGUUUUUUGCAGUGUUUGGCUGUGCUUCUUCCCAACCUAUUUGAGCACUAGAGGGAAAUCCAUGGUGGCAGUCGAAGUCUUCUCCAUCUUAUCCUCUAGUGCUGGUUUACUGGGGUGCAUUUUUUCACCCAAAUGCUACAUCAUUAUUCUAAGGCCCGAGAUGAAUAGAAGAGAGCAAUUAAUCAAAAGAAAGAAUAAAAACAUUUAA